AUGAAGGCCGCUACUGGCACCGUGGAAAUGCAGAAUCUUGUCUUCUCUAGAUGGAUAGAGGUCAAGCACAAGGCGGAACCUCACAAUUACAUCGAGUAUUUCCUUGUCACAGACACGGGAAAUGAGAUUCUGGCUAUUAGCGCGGAGGACCACGGCAACUCACACUACGUGUACCAGUCCACGGGGCCAUUUACGAAGUAUGGAAUGCUCAAUAGCAAAAACAAGGCGGAUACCAUAAGCUGGCUGGAAAAGAUCAUCAAGGAGUCUCAAAUUAAAGUGGACAGCCAGCUAGCGGCCGAAGUGGCCCAUGCUGGGGAGCCCACCCCAGACAACCCACUGGGGCUGUACUACAUACAGCACAAAGUGGAGAAGGUUAUGAACCCCGACGGCACGCACACGCAGCGCUUCUUCCUUCUUGACCAGUACGGCACGUGGCAUUUGGCGGUUGUCGGGGAGGAACGGGAGACGCGCGACGGGCACUACGUCUACAGAGCGACCGAGGAGUUCUCCACACGCUACCCCCUGUCCUGCCACGCACAAAAGGACGUGAUCCAUUGGCUGGAACAGCGAGUGACGCACAACCUGCCGCCGUCGCAUUCGGGGGCCGCGGCGCAGGCUCGCAAGCUUGACGGUUCCGGCAGUAGCUGCACGUCCGCCGGCGUAAACGCUGCGGGGCCAGCUACGUCGGGUGUAGUGGCGGGAGCGCCAAGCAGUGUCGGAGGCGGCGGCUCGGCGGAGGCCUGGGGAACGUCAGGGUUCGCGACGGCCGCCCCCGACGCCACGCCCAUGUCGGGGUUGGAGGCCGGGCCGAACGGUGACGGCACCGCGGGGUCGUUGAUGCCGCAGCCGGGGGAGUUCCCCAUGCCUGUGCUGUUGCCGCAGCAGCAACCGCAGAAGUCGCAGUCCCAGCACCAGCACCAUCUGAUGCACCAGUCGUCCAUUUCCGCAGCGUGCCUUGGGGAUAUGCAGGCGGGCGGGGUGGCCGGGGGUAGCGAUACUGCGGAGCGCCAACCGCCGCCGGAGCCAGCGGCGGCGGAGACUGUGCAGCCUGUUGCUGUCGGCACACCACCACCACCGCUGCCACCGCCCUCGCCGUUGUUGCUCCCUCAGGGCGGUGGGUUCCCUUCCAACCACACCGGCGCGCUGCCUGAGCCCGGGGACCAGCACCAGCCUGUGGGCCAGCCUCCCACUUUGUCAACGCUACCGCUCCAGCAGCAGCAACAUGAGGCCGCCGCGCAGCCGCAGCAGCAGCAACAGCAAGGACUACGCGUCCCUUCGCCGCCGCCGCAGCAGCAGCAGCAGCAGCCUGCGUUACCAGGCAUUCCAUUACUUCAGCAGCAGCCCCAACCGCGGCAAGGGGCCCCGGGCUGCCAGCCUGCCCUGCCUGCGGAGCCGCAGGGAUUGGUACAACUGCUGGCAGGGCUUGCGGCAUCAAUGCCCGGUGCUGGAGGCGGCGGCAGCGGCAGUGGCAGCGGCAGUAGCACACAGGCACAGCUGUCAAGGAGUCUCCUCGGUACCGUCGGUGGCGGCAGUGGCGGCGGCGCCGCGCCGUCACAGCACCCCCCGGCGGAUCCGGCUGCGCUUGCUUCCGCAUCAAGUCAGGCAGGUGUUAAUCUUUUUGGCUUGCAGGAUCUGAUUCAGCCGCCACAAAAGAUGGGGUCUGCGGCGGCGGUUCCGGGGUUAUCUGGUAUGACGAAGGAUGCAUUGAGUCCCGCAGCGGCGACUUCCUCUGCGCUAAGCCAGCCACCAUUCGCCCAGCUGGGUGCACCGGCAAGGGCACCCCAGGGCGCCAGCGCCGGGCUUAGCCGAACGGCUGGGACAGCCGCAGCUGCAGCUGCAGGCGGCGGCGUCGGCGGUGGCAGGGCCACAAUAGGAAUCACCGGAAUCCAGGGACCAGAGCAGGCUGCCAGUGGAGGCGGGGCCGGCAGUGGGAUCAGUCUCGGCUGGGGCCUCGGUUGGCCUCCAGGAUUAGCAGGACCUAUGUCCGCCCGCACAAGUCCUUCCUCUUUCGAUGACCUGCUCGCCCCGCACCUUCGCCCGCACAUGCAGCUGCUGCAACACCAACCAUCGCCGGCACAGCCGCUGGUGCAGGUAGGAGGCGCUGGGGGCGUGCCGGGAGCGCUUCAGGGCGGCACCGCUGCCGGCGGCGGUGGCGGAGGGUACGGCGCAGCUGAUACGCUAGCCGGCGGCGCCCCGAGUCCAGUGGCGGCGUCCGCAGCAGUCAACGGCGCGCUGCCGUCGCCGUCGACAAUGGGCUUUGUUGGGAGCAUGGGUGCGGGAACACCGCCACCUGGCGCUGGGAUAGCCGCGGCUGCUACGGGGCUGCCGACAGCGUUGGCGGCCGGGACGGCGGCAUUUCCCGGGUCGCAGGUGCCGCAACAGCCGCCGCCACAUUCUUUCCAGGCUGCUACUGCUAUUGCUGCCUCAGGUGGCCUUCCCAUAGCUCCAGGGAGCGCGUCAUUGCCCAGUGACAAGACUGGCAAGGAGGCGGGCCCGUGUCCGGGGACUGAGCCGGGCUCAGCAUACCUCGGCGGUGGCGGCCGCGGCGGCGGUGGCGGUGGCGGUGGCCGCGGCUCUAGCGGCAAGCACAAGUUGGCGGGUGUGGCGGAGGUGGCCCACAAACGUAAGCUAGCGCGACUGGCGGCUGCUGGAGAGGAGGCUGUGCGACUGGCUCAGGGCGCGUACCUCGCUGCCCUGCGGCAUCAGGCGCUGUCAGAGGCGGCGCAGCAGGAGGCUCUGCGGAAGACUAUUGCCAGCUGGGUCCGCGGGCAGAUUUCUGACGAUGAGGUCAGCGUUAACGGCUGGCACGAGACAUUGGAGCAAUUGCUGCGCGACGCCAACCGCACACGCUCCGUGACCGUGCCGUUCCUCUCCAACGAGCGCCUGUUGGAAGUCAGCCGCGGCUCCGUAGAGGCCAUAACCCUGGCGGCGGCAGUGUCGCUGACGGCGCCGUACGAUCCCGCCGCUACACCUUGCGUCCCGCCGCCACCACCGGUACUACUCCCGCCGCCGCCGCCGCCGCUGCCUCCUUUUCCGGCUCCACCACCGACCUCGCAGCCGGCGGUUGCAGCAGCAACCCCGGCUCCCGCACCAGCCCCAUUGGCGGUGACUGCCCCGACCUGCGGCGGCGGCUGCGCACCAGGCGCUACUGCUGCUGCGGCUGCUACUGCGGCUGCUGCACCGAUGGCAGCCCAGCCGGCAACGACGAACAUGCCUCCCAGCGCCGAGGCGAUGGCGGCAGUCAGCAGCUUGAAGGCCUUGCUGCUGGGGGAAUUGAAUGCCGCAGUGCUGGGUCCAGCCGCCGCACCCGCCGCACCCACACAGACUCACGGGUCACAGCAGCAGCAGCAGCAGCUGCAGCUGCCUACGGCACCUGGGAUAGCUGCGCCCAUUGCUCCGGCCGCCGCUCCUGCGGACGGUCCCGUGCCCAUGGAUGUGGACGAGACUCCUCCGGCCCCAGGGCCUGCUGCUGCAGUCGGCGGCCAGCAGCAGCAGCAGCAGCGGCUGCCGGCGCGGCGGCCCCCGCUUCUGGAGAUUCCAGGAACCCCGGUAGCUGCCGCCUCCCUCAUACCCCCCCAGCCGCAACACCCUCCACAACCACAAGCUGUGGCUUUGCAGCCACAGCCGCAACCGCGAGUGAUGCAGCAGCAGCAACAGCAGCAGCCGCCAUUGCCGUUGCCGUUGCCGUUGCCUAGUCUUCCGAGGCGGCCGACGGGCCCGGUGGGGGCCUCGGCGGUGUUGGCGUGUGCGGGCAGCGCCAAGAGCUGGUCCUUUUCUGACCCCCAUUUGACCAAGCACGGCGUCCGUAUUGCCUUGGAGUCCCUCCGGGAGCUGGCGGCUCUGUGUCCCCCGGUGGCUAAUAUGGCCUCCAGUAACGUCGUGGAUACGGUCAGGAAGUUUGAGUCGCACCCGCACCCCUCGGUGUCCGGGCUGGCAAAGGACAUACUCAAUCGCUGGAGGGGCUCGUUUAUCCACCGCCUUCGUUCCAUGUCGGAUUCGCGCUGCUACCAGGAUCCGGUAGCGGCGCUAGAAUCCAGGAUCCAGGCCAAUGAAAUCAUCUUCCCAAACCUGGACAAGCUCCUGGGUGCGCCGCGAGGAUCAGCCGCUGCCGCCGUCGCCGCUGCAGGUACAGGCGCCGGCGCUGCCACUGCCACUGAUGGGGCCGCAAUGACGCCUGCCGUACUACAGGCGCCGGCAGGGCUGUGCACGACAGCAUACGCCAGAGGCGGCGGCGGCGGCGGAAGCUUUGCAACCGGGCCCUGCGUGUCGUACUCGCUGGCGGCAACGCCGGUGGGUGAUGGGUUUCACCAAUUGGCGGGUUUUCCCUCAACACCGCCGCUAGCCGUCGCCUUUGACAACACACCGGUGUCAGCGGCGGCGGCAGUCGGUACGACCACCGCAAGUGCACCUGCCAGCGGCGGCGUCACACCCUCCGGCGACGCGGCCGCUACAAGGACGGCGGAGGUUUCGCCACCGCGAGGCCUCUUCGAUGCCGCCGGGGGUUCCAACACCUCAGCUUCCACACCUCAGCUUUUCAGCCGUUACGGCGCCGCCGCCGGUAUGCCGCCGCCAGGAGCGCAGCUAAGUCCUCCGGGUCUUGGGGUUCUCGAAAUGCCCUCCGUAGCCCCUCAGCCUCUAUUUUUUCCACCAUCGCCACAGCUGCUACCGCAACACCAGCAGCCGCAACAGCCUUCGCCGGCGUUGGCGGUGCCACAGGCGCUGUCAACUGCGGCGGCGGCGAUGGCGGCGUCAGCGUACCAGGUUCCAGCAGCAUCUGAAGCUACACCGUCGCCGCUGCCGCCGCCGUCGAUGCCCACGAGACCUCAACCUGCGACGCCAGGGCAAAGCGCAGCAUCAAUGCCAUCUCCUCGACGACCCACGCCGCAACAGUUGACGCCUCAUGUGCCCGCCGGUACGGCGGCGACGGAGGCGCAGCAGCAGCAGCAGCAGCAGCCGCCGCCGCUAGGGGUGAUACCCUCAACUGCUGUGCCGCCGCGGGCAACCCCAACACGAGCGGUGCCUCGGUCGUCAGCACUUGCGACGGCAGCACCGCCACCACCAGCAAGGGGGACUCCAUCUGUGCCGCCGCCGUCGCCGUCGGCAUUGCGGGCUGCGCCAACCGCAGAGUCUGCACUGGCGGCAGCGGCGGCGCCACCGCCGCCGCUUUUAUCCUUGCCGCCGCCUCCCCCGCCAUUUCCCGCGUACGGCGCUGCUGCUGCCGCCGCAUCCGGCAACCACGUUACUUCCACAAUGCCAGUUUUCGCCGCCGCCUCCACAAAUUUUGCAUCCAUGUCACCAGCUCUGCCGGAGGCCACGCCCGCUGACGUGGCGGCGCUGUUGGCAACCUCUGCCCAGAGCCUCGUGGAGCACAUGCAAACCAGCGCCGCCGCUGCCGCCGCCGCCGCCAGCUGCGGUGCGCCGCCGCCGCCGCCGUCCAUUUCUUCCGCCCAGCUUAACCAGUUGUUUACGUUGGCAUCCACAGCUCAGGUUUACGCUGCUGCUCUGAAAACCGCUGACGCGGCCGGCGCGGCGUCGGCCUGGCAGAGCUUGGUACAGCAGCUACGUCAGGCGCAGGUCCUGAACCUGGGUGUUGCAGGGGCUGGGGCACUUGGCAGCGGUGCUUCACAGCGGCUGUCAUCGCCAUCGUCAAUAUCGUCGGCGACAGGUGUGAAGCCGGCAGCGCAGUUGCUGGCACGGCCAGCGGGCGGUAGAGUAGUCGGUUUGACAGCGCCGCCGCCGCCACCACAAGCCCAACCGCUUCAACCACCUACGCUUUCGCAUCCGUCCACCUCUCCUGCUGAGGGAGCUGCUACGGCAACGGCAUUGGCUGCGCCACUUGAGACAGAAGAUAAGGCCCCCCAUGCGAUGCAUACGUGCAGCAGCCAUGCAGGGGAAGCCGCGCAGCCACCGGCCACUGCCGCGACAGUCGCCAACCGGGGAGUCGCUGCUGAUGUUUCAUCAGAGGGAGCAACUGCCGGUACGGCGGUGACGGCGCCACCACCGCCAGAGGGCAACACGGCGACGGCGGCAGGAGCCGCUGCUGCAACUUGA